CCGUUCACGGGCUGGGCUAGGUUGUCGUGGUUGCGCCAUUUUAUCUAUUCUCCGGUUGCACAUACUUGUUACUGUUAUCAUAGCGCGUGAUUAACAUUUAUAUUUCUCUUUUUUAUCAUUCUAAACGAGGUUUUGAAAUUUGAAUAAAAGCUGGUGAAUUUUAUUUACAAGUGGAUUACGUAUAGUACUUAGACUUUCGCAGAAUCCAUUCUUAUUGGAAUCGAAGAAAGUUGAACAAACGGUUCGCCGGAGGAUUCGAUAUCGCCGUACGGUCUUGAAACGUUCAAUACAGAAAUUGCAAUCAACUAAUACACUAUGUCAAUUAAGGAUGUUCGUUUUGGUUUCAAUUUUUUAACAGACACAGAUAUCAAGUCAUGUAUGGAUUCUGUUAGAGACUUGGAACUGACUUUUGCUUGUUUACCGUUGUCGAGUCUUAGGUUAAAAUCUAAUUCUAAAGUAUUGGAUCCAUCAAAUACUGUUAUGAAUCCUGAGUUUUGUCAAAAGUGGUGUCAUUGUGUUGUCGCAAAAAUUUCUCAACCUAAUGUUGAUUUGGAAAUUGAAAGUACUAGACUAGAAAAUCAAAAAUCUUUUACUCAAGAUAUUUCAUGGGCAACAUUUUUAAACGUAUAUUCCAUAAUGUUUGAGUUACCACUACACGGAGAUGUUGUAAAUUUAGUUAGAUUGCUAGAUAAUCAAAUUGAUAUUUAUUUAAAUUCUGCUGUAUUAAUACAGUUUUGGGCAUUAGUACCAAUAGUCAACUUAAAAACAGAUCCAUGGAAAAAAUGGACUAAAUUCAUAUCAUCUAUAAGAAAUGUAAAUAGAAUAAAAUUAGCAUUGGAAAUUGGGACUGAGUUACCUAACGACGAAGAACUUGACCGUUGGUUAGGAGAACCAGUUGCUGCUUUAAUAAUACAAUCGAAAACAUUUUUGACAAAUAAAAAAGGUUAUCCAGUAUUACCUAAGCCUCAUCAAGUAUUUAUCAAAAAAAUGUUUAAUAUAGGUUGUCAAAUUGUAAUAUCUGGAGAGUUAGGUAUUAAACAACAAUUCAAUUAUUUAGGUCAUCUAUACCAAAAUACUACAUCAUUAACCCCUUACAGUUCUGAUUUUAUUAGUGGUUUUGAAGAUUAUCUUCAGACACCAUUACAACCAUUGAAACAUAAUUUACAGUCAUAUGUUUAUGAAACAUUUGAGCAAGAUCCUAUCAAGUAUUAUGAGUAUCAAAGAGCAAUAUCGAAAGCUUUAGUUGAUAAGUAUGAAGAUGAAGUAAUUGUUGUUUAUGUUGUUGGCGCGGGUCGUGGGCCAUUAGUAGAUGCUACAUUCGAAGCAGCGAAGGAAUCAAAUAUUAAAGUUAAAAUAAGUGCCAUUGAAAAAAAUGAAAAUGCGUUACCAUCUCUGUUUUUAAAAAAUAAAGAAAAAUGGGAAAAUCGUGUUACUAUUAUUAAUGUGGAUAUGCGGUCAUGGAAUCCGUCAGAAAAAUGUGAUAUUCUAGUGUCGGAACUAUUGGGAUCUUUUGGAGAUAAUGAAUUAUCUCCAGAAUGUUUAGAUGGGGCUCAAAGUUAUUUAAAAAAAGAUGGUAUCAGUAUACCUUCAAGUUAUACUUCUUAUCUUGGCCCAAUACAAUCACGUAAAUUGCAUGCAGAAAUAUCGUCGAUUAGGAAUAAUAAAGAUAAUUGUAACUUUCAAAAACCCUAUGUAGUACAAUUAAACAAUGUUUAUUCUAUAGCUCCACCAAAAGCUCUUUUUACGUUUGUUCACCCAAAAAAAAAUGUAGAAGAGAGCAAUGACAGAAGUGGGUUUUUGAAGUUUAAUAUUUCUCAAGAUUGUGUAUUGCAUGGAUUUGCUGGUUAUUUUGAAACUAUACUUUAUAAAGACAUAUGUCUUAGUAUUGUUCCAGAAUCAUUUAGUGAAGGCAUGUUUAGUUGGUUUCCUGCUUACUUUCCUCUAGUAAAACCAAUAUUUCUUAAUAAAGGAGAAGAACUUCAAAUCAAUUUUUGGCGGUCCAGUAGCAAGUACAAAGUGUGGUAUGAAUGGUGUGUGACAAAACCAUAUCAGAGCAUUAUACACAAUAUAAAAGGAGAAAUGUAUUUUAUGUCACUUUAACUCAUUUUGCUAGUCAUCAAUAAUUAUUGUCAAUGUGUUUAUUUUGUAAUAAUUGAAAUAUAUGUUUUAUUUUUUUAUAAUAUUAUUAAAUUACAGUUAUAAAAUGUU